CUUUCUUUUCAUUUUUGCUGCCUCCUUAUUGCCUUCUAUUUUUCUUAUUGCUUCCAACUUUCACCGUCUUGCUCCUUUUAAUUACAAAUCUUCUCAUAUAUAGGUAUUGAUCUAUAUAUGUGUGCGCGCGCGCAAGGAAAGCGAUCAGGGUGGAGGUUUGAGUUCAUCAGGAAGAAUAUUUAAGUGGUGAUUUUGUUUUAGAGUGUAUACUUGGGAUGAAUCUUUCAAAGUGUGAAGUUGUUCUGUUCUUGUGGUUUUGCUGCUAUUUACUAUUGGCUACUGCUCAGAAUGGAGUCACUCACCCCAAUGAAGUUACGGCGUUGAGAGCCAUAAAGAACAAUUUGAUUGAUGUCAAUAGAAAUUUGAGUAAUUGGAAUCAAGGAGAUCCAUGUAUUAAUAGAUGGACAGGGGUUUUGUGUCACGACAGAAGAUUUAACGAUGGAUAUUUUCAUGUUCAGGAACUGCAACUAUACAAAAUGAACUUGUCUGGAAAAUUGGCACCGGAGAUUGGCAACUUCACUUAUCUGGAAAUAUUGGAUUUUAUGUGGAACAAGAUAAGUGGGACCAUACCAAAAGAAAUUGGCAACAUCAUUACCCUGAAACUCUUGCUCCUGAAUGGAAAUAAAUUAAUUGGUCCACUGCCAGAAGAGCUUGGCUAUUUACCAAACUUGAUCCGAAUGCAAAUUGAUCAGAACAAUAUCAAUGGAUCUAUACCUUCAUCAUUUGCAAAUCUCAAUGCCUGCAAGCACUUUCACAUGAACAAUAAUUCACUUAGCGGCCCUAUCCCACCGGAGUUUUCCCAACUACCAAACCUUUUUCACCUGCUUCUUGACACAAACAACUUAACAGGAACACUUCCCCCUGGUCUCUCUAAGAUGCCACGCUUAAAGAUUCUGCAGCUUGAUAACAAUAACUUUAGUGGAAGUACUAUUCCCGAGUCUUACGGAGAUAUGUCACGUUUGAUCAAAUUGAGCCUUAGGAACUGCAGCUUGAAAGGACCAAUUCCUGAUUUGAGUAGGAUACCAAACCUUUAUUAUAUUGAUCUCAGUCACAAUCAGCUGAAUGAAACAAUUCCUACAAAUCAGCUUUCUGGGAAUAUCACAACCAUUGUGUUAUCAAACAACAAUCUCAGUGGAACUAUUCCAUUAAAUUUUUCAAAUCUUCCACGUCUUAAGAAAUUAUCAAUUGCAAACAAUAAAUUGAGUGGCAACGUUCCCUCCUCCAUUUGGCAGAACAAGACUUCAAGUGCAAAUGAAAGCCUUAUUGUGGACUUGCAAAACAAUGAGCUCAACACCAUAUCAGGAAGUACUACUCUUCCUUCAAAUGUCACACUCCAGCUUGGGGGAAAUCCUCUAUGCAAAAAUAACAGCUUUGCUAAGUUCUGUGGAUCUCAAGGUGUAACCGGCGGGAAUGGUAGCUCCGGCAUUAACUGUCCCGGUGAACCAUGCUCCUCUCCUUAUGAGUACUCUGUGGACUGUGUCUGUUCAGCUCCAUUGUAUGUUGAUUACAGAUUGAAAAGUCCAGGAUUUGGAUCAGAUUUCCCUGCAUUCAUGAGUAACUUUCAAACAUACCUCACUGAUGGAUUGAAAGUUGAGACUAAUCAGCUGCACAUUACUGAUUAUGAAUGGGAAGAAGGGCCUCGGUUGCGAAUGAACUUGAAGGUUUUUCCUGCAACUGUUAACAACACCACAACUAAUCAGAAGUUCAAUGAUAGCGAGUAUUCGCGGAUUAGAAGCACGUUGACAGGGUGGAAUAUUAGUGACAGUGACUUGUUUGGGCCUUAUGAACUUAUGGAUCUUCCUCCUUAUAGUCAGGUGAUUCUGGUGUCUUCAGGUUCAGGGCUAAGCAAAGGUGCACUGGCAGGAAUAAUCUUAGGUUCAAUUGCGGUAGCAGUUACAUUAUCUGCAAUUGUUUCCCUUCUUAUAUUGAGAAUCAGAUUGAGAGAUUACCGUAUACUUUCCAAACGGCAACAUGGUGGAACAAGAAUCUCAAUAAAAAUUGAAGGUGUGAGGGUAUUUGUUUUUGAAGAGUUGGCAGCAGCAACUAAUAAUUUCAGUGAGUCUUCUCAAGUUGGACGCGGCGGGUAUGGGAAGGUUUAUAAAGGUAUUCUUGCUGACGGCACUGCUGUCGCCAUAAAACGUGCACAGGAAGGAUCACUGCAAGGUGAGAGGGAGUUUCUUACAGAAAUACAGUUGCUGUCGCGCCUGCAUCACCGAAACCUUGUGUCUCUAAUUGGAUAUUGUGAUGAAGAGGGUGAACAGAUGCUGGUUUACGAAUAUAUGCCGAACGGAACGCUAAGGGAUCACCUCUCGCCUUAUUCAAGAACACCUCUGAAUUUUACAAUGAGAAUGAAGAUUGCUCUAGGAUCAGCUAAAGGUCUUUUGUAUCUACACACAGAAGCUGAUCCUCCAAUAUUCCACAGAGAUGUCAAGGCCAGUAAUAUACUAUUGGACUCUAAGUUCAAUGCAAAGGUUGCUGAUUUUGGACUUUCGCGACUCGCCCCGGUGCCAGAUGUCGAAGGAGUUGUGCCUGGUCAUGUAUCUACAGUGGUAAAAGGGACCCCGGGUUACCUUGAUCCGGAGUAUUUCUUAACUCGCAAGUUAACAGACAAGAGUGAUGUUUAUAGUCUUGGUGUCGUGUUUCUGGAAAUUGCAACCGGAAGGGCACCAAUCUCCCAUGGCAAAAACAUUAUAAGACAGGUUACUUCGGAUUACCAAUCCGGCGGUCUAGUUGCAGUUAUGGAUGAACGCAUGGGGCCUUGUCCUUCAGAAUGUGUGCAACCAUUUUUGACAUUGGCUCUAAAGUGUUGCGAAGACGUGCCAGACGAUAGGCCUAAGAUGGCAGAAGUGGUUAGAGAGCUUGAAAACAUUUGGUCCAUGAUUCCUGAGUCUAAUGGCAAAGUAGCUGAAUAUGUUAGCAGUGAUUCAGGAACAUUAUUCAGUUCACAACCUUCAUCAUCCACCCCUUUUGCAUCCGUAGAAAUUUCUGGCAGUGAUCUUAUUAGUGGAGAUAUUCCAACCAUCAAGCCAAGAUAAAAAGUUACCGUGUAAAUUGAACUAAUGCAUAUAUAAUACUUUUAUACUACAUUGUUUUUGUUCAUUCUUUUUUUGUAAGAUAAAUUAACAGAGGAGUGGCUAUUAAUCUAUCAAUUUUGUAGUUUGUACAAAUAUUAUAUGUAUUACUGUC